GCAGUCGGGGCAGCGCGGCGGGCUGUGGCCAUGUGGGUGUUCGGCUACGGCUCCCUCAUCUGGAAGGUGGACUUCCCCUAUCAGGAGAAGAUGGUGGGGCGCAUCCGCGGCUACAGCCGGCGGUUCUGGCAGGGCAGCACCGACCACCGCGGUGUGCCGGGCAAGCCUGGAAGAGUUGUGACUCUGGUUGAAGACCCUGAGGGCUGUGUGUGGGGUGUUGCUUACAGACUGCCAGCUGGACAAGAAUGCGAAGUCAAGGCAUACCUUGACUUCAGAGAGAAGGGAGGCUACAGGACUACAACCGUAGUCUUCUACCCAAAGGACUCGUCCAUAAAACCCUUUGAUGUACUGCUGUACAUCGGCACUCGCGAUAACCCCAACUACCUCGGUCCUGCGCCUCUGCAGGAGAUCGCCGAGCAGAUUAUUGACGCCGUUGGUCCCAGCGGAAGAAACACGGAAUACCUGUUUGAACUCGCUAAUUCUAUGAGAAAUCUUGUACCAGAAGAUGUAGAUGAGCAUCUCUUCUCCUUAGAGAAACUAGUAAAGGAACUCCUGGAAAAAGAACAAAACCUAAACUGCCUUUAGAAUAACUUCUUCUAAUGGUAUUGCUUCAUCUUCAGAGGAACGGUUUCGUUGCACAGUGGGUAUAUGACUUGGAGGCAUAUUUCUCUGUACUCUGCUAUAUUAUUUAUUUUAAUAUUGCAUUCAAAAGAGUAGUUAGUCAUUAAAACGUACUGUUUUAAAAAACAUUCUUUUGGGAAUCUAUAGAAAGGGCAGCAGGGGAAGCGUUUUAGGUUUGAAUUUGGUAUAUUGGUAUUUUACCCCAGGAUUACAUCUUUCUUUAUAAAGAUCACCAGGGAACCACUUAAGCCUUUCCGUUACUUCAGGUUUUAAAAAAAUCUUCACAAUAUUUUUUAUGAUCAAAAUCUGCAUUCACUUACAACUCCCGAGUCAUUGAAGUGAUGGUUCUUUCCAAUUCAAGACCACCAGCGUAGAGCUCAGUGCAGCAAAAGAGAGAUGUGAAGUACUUCUUGUAAAUCACAUAGUGAAUGUGUGAUACAGCACUUCCAUCAGUGUUCAACUUCACAGAAAUUAAGGUAUUCCACUGCAUCAGUGACCUCAUCUCAUAGAUCCUAGUUUGUCCUUAGGCACAGAGGAUAAAGUGUUUCAGUUAUAGGAAAAUAGUCUUUGCCCUUGGCUCGUUAUGUCAUGCCCCUGAAAACCACAGCACGGGGUACUCUGACGUCAACACACCGUACUGUAUCAGUGCCUUCUUUUACUUCCAAGGUUAGUAUCAAGAAUAAAUCUAAAUUACUGAAAUCAGCUAAGAGUAUGACUUGAAGCCACAGUGGAGCAAGAAUGCUCAGAAACUCAGCUCUGAUAUCUGCCUCUAGAUGCUGGUGUAAUUCCAUGUCUUAUCACCAGUCUCUGAGGAUACAAUUUAAGUCAGCAGUUUUCAAGCAGCAUUUCAGGGAUUUGAAACAAGGUCAUUAAGAAAGGAACCCCCUUUUCAGUCAAUGACAUGUGUUGUAUGGGCUGCCAGUCAGCCAAGGUUGGAAAGCCACCAGCUGAGGCCAGUAGCCUUACUUUAUGCAAAACAGAGGUAAAUGGAGCUUCCGUCCCGACAACAACUUGUCUCGCUUCUCAACAUCUUAAGUUAUUUUUGUGACUUUUACCAAAACGUAUUUUUGUAUGUUAACAAAAUACCACAUAGCAUCAGGUCUUCUCAUGCAGGGAAUGUGUAUGUUUAGUAGCAGUUCGGAAGUCUAUAUAUUUUGCAUUGGUACUUGCAAAAACAUCUGUUUCUACUAUCCAAGUUGUCCAUUUUCUUUCUUUGCUUUGUCCUGUUUUAUAUUUGUAAUUCCUCACAAAUGCUAAGGUUAUCAGAAUAACAAGCUGCUGUUAUUUCUUUUGGCCACCUACAAAAGUCAAAAAGGUACCUAGACAAGAAGACUGUAGGAUACUACAUUUCAAACCUAAAUUCUAGAUAAUUAGACCACUUGAAAUGUGUAGCCAAGAAAGCUGUCAGUGUGCUUCUGGCAUCUCUCACGCAUACACUCACUGAGGGAAAAAAAAAAAAAAAAAAAAAAAGCAGAUUACUUUUUAGAAUCUGCUGUUUAAUGGUUGAAUGCCACCAUUUUAAAAGUACGUAAUAGGGUCUCACUUGAUGGACAGCUUUAACCUGCAGAAGCAAAUCUUCUGAUCAUAUCAGUAUUAGAAUCGUACGAAGUAGCGACGCCCCAUUCUUCCAUUAGUACACGAGUUACUUGCAAACCCCCAUGGGGGUCUUGAUUCUCCACUGCACUGUGCUGGUUUAGGAUUGAUACAACUGAGUGGAAAAGCAACCCUGACUAAUGCAUCUGUAGGGCAGGACAGAAGGGUGGUCAGGACAUCCAGGUGUCUGUCCAUAAUGGCAGUCAUUCAGAUGCCCGACAACGUAAUGACUCAAACAUCUGAGUGACUUCGCACACCAAAAACUGACAGCGAUAGCCAACACCCACAUCAGCACUGAUGAACACAUGCCAUUAACACAUGCAUUUAGUCCCUCUGACCUAAAGAACAAGUCUUAAGUCUUAGGGGAUAUUCAGCUGUUACUAAAAAUGUUAGGUAUGAUUUAUUUCACGAAUACAUAAGUGUUCCUCCCUCAGCAAAACAAAACCCACUUCUUUUUUUGUGCUUGCCUCGGAUACAAACAAGCUGUAGUAAAGUUAAAACAUGUGGAAUGGCAUGUCCACUUGAUGCAUUUUUUAAUUCUUUCCUCCAAAGCUUAUCUGUGUUCCUCAAAACAGGGCAAGGGAUGCACACCCUCGCUAAUGAUCCAAAAACAUCAGUGAUGAUUCUCUCUUUGAAACUAUAUUUAAGUACUGUGUUGGGGCACUGUGGUUAUGUAUGGCUCUACACUUUGUAUCUUAAUUAUAUUCAGGACAUUGUUGGUUCAUUUGCUUUCCAGAUUCAUAACAUUUGCAAUAAUAUCUGUAAUGUUACAUUCCAGUUUGUGCAUACAACUUCAAUACAAUAAAAUGCAUCACAUUUA